CAAGUUAAUUAAGAGUGAGAGAAACACACACUUAUACAGUGUAAGAGGGAUCAAAGAUGUGUAGUGAACCUUGUCCUGUGGUCGGAGAAGAAAAACAGAGUACGAGAACAUCGAAGAGGAUCAAGAAGAGGAAACACAUAGCCAUGGAUGAUAGCUCUCCUUCGAAUCUUGAAACGUCUCGUAAGCAGAUCAGAACAAAGAAGAAGAAACCAAAGUUCCUCAGUCUCAAGCUUGAACUCAACACUUCUCACGAGAUCGACGAGAGUCCCGUAACCACGACGAACAAGAAGAAGCAGAGCACGACGAGAGGAGGUGCUGAGAAGAAGAGAAUGGAGACAGUGGGAGGAGGAGAGAAAGAAGAAGAUCAAUACGACACCGUGGCGGCUUACCUCUUCAACUCCACCACCGACAACAGCACAAUCUCUUCGAUUCACGAUCUGCUCCCUUCCUCCGCAGAAGAUGUAGAUUGCGGCGGAGGAGGAAGGGACAUGUCUCCGUACGACAUUAAAGAGCAUGGAUCAACGUCUACUUCUUCGCUUCUACGGACGGCGAUGAGGAAAGGAGCGAGCAAGGAGGAAGCUACGGCGGAGCGGUGGGUGAGUUAUUCGGAGGUUGUGGACGAGGUGAUGAGUCGGAGCGGAACUCCACGGUGUUGCGGCGGAGAUGGAAACGAUGGAAGGACUUCGCUGGCUCUGAAGCUUGAUUAUGAGCAGAUCAUGGAGGCUUGGCCGGAUAAAGGUACUCUUUAUGUCGACGGAGAACCGCCGCAGACGGUGCCGGACUUGCAUGCUUCUGCUGAUGUGGUUACCGGCGGCGGAGAGGCAGGGAGUUUAUGGACUGUGCCGGAGAUGGAGACGACGGAGACGUUAUGGAGAGGGCAUAGAGAAGCGAGCUUGCUACGGUAUAAAGAGAAACGACAAAGUCGCCUUUUCUCUAAGCGGAUCCGAUACCAAGUUCGUAAACUCAACGCUGAGAAACGUCCUCGUGUUAAAGGUCGGUUUGUGAAGAGAGACGAUUUGUAAACCACUAAUAAACUGAUGGUUUAGACUUGUGGUUUGUGGACAUACUAGUCUUAUAAAAUAACCAAGUGGCGGAUAUUUGGUAUAAUAAUGUUACUUUGUAACUUUUUGAGAAGUUAAGGCCAUAACCGGAGUAUACCGAGAAAUGAAAGGUGUUGGUUUGUAUA